AUGAGCAAAGCGCUCCUUGCCGUUGUUUGGAUCGCGAGCCCCCUCGCCGGGACUUUGGUUCAGCCUUACAUCGGUAUCCGCAGUGAUAACUGCCGCAGCCCAUGGGGUAAACGCAAGCCGUUUAUGGUACUCGGUGGUGCGGCGACUAUCAUAUGCCUGCUCGCCCUUGCGUGGUCGCGAGAGAUGGUUGGUGGCUUCUUAUCUGUUUUUGGCGCUGAUCGUGAUUCGAGCGGGACAAAGACGAUGAUAAUUAUCGUCGCAACUCUCUUCAUGUUUGCCCUCGACUUUGCGAUUAAUACGGGUAUGGUUAUCCCUCCCCUUCGUCUUCGCUCGCUCACAGGCCUGAUUCACGCAUUUGCUAAUCUGAUUGCUAUAGUGCAAGCUGGAAUUCGAGCAUUCAUUCUUGACAACUGUCCUGCUCACCAGCAGGAACAAGCCAAUGCCUGGGCUAGUCGUUUGACCGGCGUCGGCAAUAUCCUAGGCUUCGUCUCCGGAUACACUGAGCUGCCGAAGUAUUUGCCAUUCUUGGGAAACACGCAGUUCCAAAUUCUCUGCGUCAUUGCAUCGGUAUCUCUUACUGUCACAUUAGGCGCGAGCUGCAUAUACAUCAGAGAACGUGAUCCCCGACUGGAGGGUCCACCCAGUACAAGCGAGCUGGGUGUGGUGUCAUUCUUUCGCCAUGUAUUCAAGUCUAUCCGUGAUUUACCGCCUCAGAUUUCUCAAAUCUGCAAGGUACAGGUCGCUGCUUGGGUGGGCUGGUUCCCGUUCCUGUACUACUCGACAACAUACAUUGGCCAGCUUUACGUGAACCCGAUUUUUGCAGAUCAUCCGAAUAUGUCAGAGGCUGAGAUCGAUAGGGCUUGGGAAGAAGCUACCCGCAUGGGCACAUUUGCGCUUCUUGUUUACGCUAUAAUUUCCUUCCUUGCUAACAUUCUUCUUCCGCUGUUCGUUGUGCCUACUUAUGGAGACGCAUUGGCCUCCGCUGGAGACGACAACGAGGGCUCCAUUGACACUGAGAAUGGGGAUGAAGAUGAACCUACUGAACACCGCCGACUGUCAUUUUCUGCAAUUCCAAGCACUUCAGCCGAGCCACUACUUGACGCAGCGACUCAUAAGAGAUUCCCUGCAGAGGGGGAACCGACAUGGCUUGCGCGCCUCCAGAUCCCUGGAUUGACGCUCCGGCGUACAUGGCUCUUAUCUCACCUUUUGUUCGCGGCGUGCACGUUCAGCACAAUAUUCGUUUCCUAUUAUCCAGCAGGGACGGUUAUUAUCGGCUUCCUUGGGAUCUGUUGGGCCGUGACGCUGUGGGCACCAUUCUCCCUCAUUUCCAAUGAAGUUGCCCUCAUCGAUGUUCAGCAUCGUCGCAAGCGUCACCAAGCAAGAUCUCACCAUGCAGCCCAGGGCACUCCCUCAACUGCUCAUAGUUCCGGGUCAUACGCAGCUGUCUCUGGGGAAGAUGAUCAUGGACAUCAUGAAGACCACGAGAAUGAAGGCAACGGUGAGAACGACCACGAGCACGAGCACGAUCUCGAAAACGGUCGACUCGGGUCUGCGUCCGAAGACGAAAAUACCGCUCAAGCUGGCAUCAUCUUAGGUCUUCACAAUGUGGCCAUCUCAUUUCCUCAGAUAUUCUCCAGUCUCAUCUGCAGCGCUAUCUUCAAAGCUGCUCAAAAACCGCGAGGCGAGCCGUGGGAUGAUAGUGUGGGGUGGGUUCUACGAUUCGGUGGAGUCGCUGCACUCUGUGCCGCGUGGUUGACGAAGAGGCUAGCCGAGGGAACUCGGUGA